AUGGAGUUCAACAAGUCUAUCCUCCUCCUCCUUAUCUUCUCUCCUCUUCUCUUGUUCUUUGCUGAGGCCAUUUGCAUCCCUCGCAAUGCCAGCAAUGACGAUAGCCACGGUCCCCUAGGAAUGGCCUUGCAUGUCGCAUCUUCAGCGUUCAUGCAAUCCCUACCGCCAGUUUCCUCCCCAUCACAAUCACCGGUUUCUUACCCAUCAUUACCUGAUUACGCACCGCAUUCUCCUUCCGUAUUGCCAUCACCAUUCAACAAUGCCGCGCUGAAGAAAAUAUGUGGCGUGACCGAUCACCAAGCAGAAUGUCUUGCCAUCUUUGGCCCUUCUCUAACCGGUGCAGUCGAACCACUUUCAGUCCUUAAAAUGGGAAUACAAACUCUCCACAAAGGCUAUGAGCAAGCAACAGCCAUGGCCACGAAACUAAGUAAUGAUCCUUCUACAGACGGUGUGGUUAAGGACUGCCUUAGCGUAUGCCUAGAAGUAUUUGACCUUGGAAUUACCGACCUCGAUCAAGCUUUGACUGCAAUUUCCUCUAACGACAUGGACAGUCUGGUUCAAUUGCUUAAUGGCGUCAUAGGAUAUGCUGAAACAUGCAAGGAUGCCUUUACUGAGCAAGGUGAAAUUGCUUCUCCUUUGGCGGAGAUUAAUGAUCGUUUGGAUAAGCUGGGUAGCAUUAGCAUAUCGAUUUCUAUAUUGGUCCCAGGAGUUACAAUAAUUUAG